GACAAAGAAAUGAAAAACAGCACAGGAGUCACUAUGUGAGCAUAGAGUUUUUGGCAGUCUGGUUGCAUUGAGACCAUAAUCCUCUUCGGAACUCAGUCUAAAACGGAACAAUUUACAAUUAAACAUGAAAUUAAAACCACGAUGUAGUAGUGACCCAAAGGAAUGUGAAUUCUCCAGGACACAGAGACCCGGGGAUGAACUGUGUUUCUAGAUUUUUGCUUCGGCUUUCCUAAGAGUCAAAAUGAGCAAGAGACGUAUAAGUGUGGGUCAGCAGAUUUGGGCUCUUCUCUGCAAAAAUUGUCUUAAAAAGUGGAGGAUGAAAAGAGAGACCUCACUGGAAUGGUUUUUCUCAUUUCUUCUACUACUGUUUGCAUACCUCCUUUCUUCCAAUUUACACCAAAUUAAUGACUCUCCUCAAAAGUCUGCGGUGGAUCUGGAUCUGGGACGUGUAGAUAAUUUUAAUGACUCUAAUUAUGUUAUUGCAUUUGCACCAGAAUCCAAAACUACCCAAGAGAUAAUGAACAAGGUGGCUUCAGCUCCAUUCAUGAAAGGAAAAACCAUCACUGGAUGGCCUGAUGAAAACAGCAUGAACGAACUGGAUUUAAAUUAUUCAGUCGAUGCAGUAAGAGUCAUCUUUAAUGAUAUGUUCUCCUACCAUUUGAAAUUUUCUUGGGGACUUAGAAUCCCUAAGAUGAGAGAACACAAAGACCAUUCAGCUCAUUGUCAAGCAUUGGACAAAAAAAUCACCUGUGAAAGUUCAAUGUUCUGGGAGAAAGGCUUUGUGGCUUUUCAGGCUGCCAUUAAUGCUGCGAUCAUAGAAGUCGCAGUGAAUCAUUCAGUGAUGGACGAGCUGAUGUCAAUUACUGGAUUAAACAUGGAGAUACUACCUUUUAUUGCUCAAGGAGGAGUUGCAACUGAUUUUUUCAUUUUCUUCUGCAUCAUUUCUUUUUCUCCAUUUAUAUAUUACACCUCGGUCAACGUUGCCCAGGAGAGACAAAACAUAAAGUCACUGAUGACAAUGAUGGGACUUCGAGAGCCGGCAUUCUGGCUUUCCUGGGGCUUGAUGUAUGCCGGCUUCAUCCUUAUCAUGGCCACUUUGAUGGCUCUUAUCAUAAAAUCUGCCCAAGUUGUCAUCCUAACUGGUUUCGUGGUGGUCUUUACUCUGUUUCUCUUCUACGGCCUAUCCUUGAUAACUCUGGCUUUCCUGAUGAGUGUGUUGAUAAAGAGACCUUUCCUGACUGGUUUGGUGAUCUUUCUCCUUAUCAUCUUUUGGGGGAGCCUAGGAUUCACAGCAUUGUACAGACAUCUUCCUGUAUUUUUAGAAUGGACCUUCUGUCUUCUAAGUCCCUUUGCCUUCACUGCUGGAAUGGCCCAGCUUAUACAUUUGGACUACGACGUGAAUUCUAAUGUCCAUUCGGAUUCUUCAAACUACUCAAACCUAAUAAUAGCUACUCUCUUCAUGUUGGUCUUUGAUGCUCUUCUCUAUUUGGUAUUGACAUUAUAUUUGGACAAAAUUUUGCCCAACAGAUAUGGACAUCGUCAUUCUCCCUGGUUUUUCCUGAAGUCUUCGUUUUGGUUUCAACACCAAAGAGCUGAUCACACGAUCCUUGAGAAUGAAACACCUUCUGACCCUUCAUGGGAUGACUCUUUCGAACCCGUGUCUCCAGAAUUUCAUGGGAAAGAAGCCAUCAGAAUCAAAAAUCUUAAAAAAGAAUAUACAGGAAAACAUGAAAAAGUAGAAGCCUUAAGAGGUCUGGGAUUGGACAUAUACGAAGGCCAGAUCACUGCCCUCCUUGGUCACAGUGGAGCUGGGAAAACCACGCUGUUGAACAUACUGAGUGGACUGUCAGCCCCAACGUCAGGUUCCGUCACCAUCUAUAACCACACACUUUCAGAAAUGGCUGAUUUUGAAACUGUCAGCAAACUCACUGGAGUUUGUCCACAAUCCAAUGUACAAUUUGGCUUCCUCACUGUGAGAGAAAACCUCAGGCUGUUUGCUAAAAUAAAAGGGAUUCUGCCACAUGAAGUGGAGCAAGAGGUACAACGAGUUUUACAGGCCUUAGAGAUGGAAAAUAUUCAAGACAUUCUUGCUCAAAAUAUAAGUGGUGGACAAAAAAGGAAACUGACUUUUGGAAUUGCCAUUUUAGGAGAUCCACAGGUUUUGCUAUUGGAUGAACCAACAGCUGGACUGGAUCCUCUUUCAAGGCACCGCAUGUGGACUCUCUUGAAAGAGAGGAAAUCAGAUAGAGUCAUUGUCUUCAGCACCCAGUUCAUGGAUGAGGCUGAUAUUCUGGCUGACAGGAAGGUCUUUAUAUCCAAUGGGAGGCUGAAGUGUGCGGGCUCUUCUCUCUUUCUGAAGAAGAGAUGGGGCAUUGGCUACCAAUUAAGUUUGCAUCUCAAUGAAAUGUGUGAUCCAGAGAGCAUAACAUCACUGGUUAAACAGCACAUCCCUGAUGCCAAAUUAACAACACAAAGUGAAGAAAGACUUACCUAUAUUCUGCCUUUGGAAAGGACCAGCAAAUUCCCAGACCUUUACAGGGAUCUUGAUAGAUGUUCCAAUGAAGGCAUUGAGAAUUAUGGUGUUUCUAUGACAACUUUGAAUGAGGUGUUUCUGAAAUUAGAAGGAAAAUCAACUAUUGAUGAAUCAGAUAUUGAAACAUUGCAAGGUGAUGGGGCAAAAGAUAUGGGAAACCUUGUUGAGCUGGAACAAGUUUUGUCUUCCCUCCAUGAGACAAAGAAGACAGCAAGUGGCAUGGCACUCUGGAGGCAGCAGCUCUGUGCAAUAGCCAAAGUUCGCUUCCUCAAGUUAAAGAAAGAAAGAAAAAGCCUGUUAACCACGUUAUUCCUUUUUGGGAUUAGCUUUAUCCCUCAACUUUUAGAACAUCUAUUUUAUGAGUUAUAUGAUAAAAAUUACUCCUGGGGACUGUCUCCAAAUAUGUACUUCCUUUCACCAGGACAACCACCACAAGAUCCUCUGACUCUUUUGCUGGUCAUCAAUAAAACAGGGUCAAGCAUUGAUAAAUUCAUACAUUCACUGAGACGACAGGACAUAGCUUUGGAGGUGGAUGCCCUCGGAAUUAGAAAUGGCACAGACGAGCCAUCCUACAAUGGUGUUAUCAUUGUGUCAGGUGAUGAAAAGGAUCACAGAUUUUCAAUAGCAUGUAAUACCAAAAGGCUGAAUUGUUUUCCUGUCCUCAUGGAUAUUAUUAGCAAUGGGCUACUAGGAAUCUUUAAUUCUUCAGAACGAAUUCAGACUGACAGAAGCACAUUUUAUGAAGAGCAGACGCCUUCUGAGUACCAGUACCUGAGUGGCGCCUUCUUCUGGUUACCAAUGGUUGCGUGUUUCACUCCUUACAUUGCGAUGAGCAGCAUCGGAGACUACAAAAAAAAAGUUCAUUCCCAGCUAUGGAUUUCAGGCCUCUACCCUUCUGCUUACUGGUUUGGACAGGCACUUGUGGAUAUUCCCCUGUACUUCCUGAUUCUCCUUAUAAUGCAAAUCAUGGAUUAUGUGUUCAGCCCAGAAGAGAUUAUGAUUAUAAUUCAAAACCUAUUGAUUCAGAUCCUGUGCAGUAUUGGAUAUGUCUCAUCUCUUGUUUUCUUGAUAUAUGUGAUCUCAUUCAUCUUUCGCAAUGGCAGAAAAAAUAGUGGUCUUUGGUCAUUUUUCUUCUUAAUUGUCACCAUCUUCUCCAUCGUUGCUAAUGAUCUCAAUGAAUACAAAUUCCUAGGACUACUUUUCUCCACCAUAUUACUCCCACCCUUCACAAUGAUUGGUUCUCUUUUUAUUUAUUCUGAGAUUUCCUAUGACUCUGUGGAUUCCUCAGAAGCUUCAGAUUCUCCCGUGCUAUUUCUGGCAUUGUUAAUACCUUACCUCCAUUUUUUCAUUUUCCUUUUUGUUCUUCGAUGUCUGGAAAGGAACUUCAGGAAGAAAUCCAUGAGAAAGGACCCAGUGUUCAGGAUUUCUCCAAGAAGUGAUGAUGUUUCACCAAACCCAGAAGAUCCCGAAGGAGAAGAUGAAGAUGUUAAGGUGGAAAGAAUGAGAACAGCAAAUGCCCUGACCAUCCUGGACCUGGACGAGAAACCGGUCAUCAUUGCCAGCUGCCUGCGGAAGGAAUAUUCAGGCAAAAAGAAAAACUGUUUCUCCAGAAGGAAGAAAAAAAUUGCCACAAGAAACAUCUCUUUCUGCGUUAAAAAAGGUGAAGUUAUAGGGCUGCUUGGACACAAUGGAGCCGGGAAAAGUACUACCAUUAAGAUGAUAACUGGAGACACAAAACCAACCGCAGGGCAGGUGAUUUUGAAAGGAAGCAGCGGAGGGGACACCCCUGGGUUCCUGGGGUACUGUCCUCAGGAGAAUGUGCUGUGGCCCAACCUGACAGUGAGGGAACACCUGGAGGUGUAUGCUGCCGUGAAGGGGCUGAAGAAAAGGGAUGCCUCGGCCAUCAUUACACAGUUGGUGGAUGCCCUCAAGCUGCAGGACCAGCUAAAGGCUCCUGUGAAUACUUUAUCAGAGGGAAUAAAGAGAAAGCUGUGCUUCGUGCUGAGCAUCCUGGGGAGUCCAUCGGUGGUGCUUAUGGAUGAGCCGUCUACUGGGAUGGACCCUGAGGGGCAGCAGCAGAUGUGGCAGGCGAUCCGGGCCACCUUUAGGAACUCGGAGAGGGGUGCCCUCCUGACCACCCAUUACAUGGCAGAGGCAGAGGCCGUGUGUGACCGCGUAGCCAUCAUGGUGUCUGGACGGCUGAAGUGUAUCGGUUCUAUCCAACACCUGAAAAGCAAAUUCGGCAAAGAUUACCUGCUGGAGAUGAAGGUGAAGACCCCUGAGAACGUGGAAGCACUCCAUGCGGAGAUCUUGAGGCUCUUCCCCCAGGCUGCAAGACAGGAAAGGUUCUCCUCCCUCUUGGUCUAUAAGUUGCCUGUUGAGGAUGUGCGACCUUUGUCCCAGGCUUUCUUCAAACUGGAGACAGUCAAGCAGAGCUUCCGCCUGGAGGAGUACAGCCUCUCGCAGUCCACCCUGGAGCAGGUUUUCCUGGAGCUCUCCAAGGAGCAGGAGCUGGAUGACUUUGACAAUGAACUUGAUCCUUCUGUGCAGUGGAAGCUUCUCCCGCAGGAAGAGCCUUAAAGCUGCAAAUAAUCUGCUUCUCUUUUAGCCUGUGGCUCAUUUUAAGAUGGUGUUUUAUAGCAUUAAUAUACCUUACCUCUGAAUAGCACACUCAAACUC